CCAAGGCUCUGUCAGACAGACAUUGUAAGACAGCAUUGCCUGAGGCAAGAUCUGCUUGGCCAAGACUUCAGGGAGGGAGGAAGACGCGCUGGACAACACCAUGGACAGCCUCCUGAUGAAGCGAACGAAGUUUCUGUACCAAUUCAAGAACGUCCGCUGGGCCAAGGGUCGGCACGAAACCUACCUGUGCUACGUGGUGAAGCGGCGCGACAGCGCCACCUCCUGCUCCUUAGACUUCGGCCACCUGCGCAACAAGGCCGGCUGCCACGUGGAGCUGCUGUUCCUGCGCUACAUCUCCGACUGGGACCUGGACCCGGGCCGCUGCUACCGCGUCACCUGGUUCACGUCCUGGAGCCCCUGCUACGACUGCGCGCGGCACGUGGCCGACUUCCUGCGCGGGAACCCGAACCUCAGCCUGCGCAUCUUCACCGCGCGCCUCUACUUCUGCGAGGACCGCAAGGCGGAGCCCGAGGGGCUGCGGCGGCUGCACCGCGCGGGCGUCCAGAUCGCGGUCAUGACCUUCAAAGAUUAUUUUUACUGUUGGAACACUUUUGUGGAGAAUCAUGAGAAAACAUUCAAGGCCUGGGAGGGGCUGCACGAGAACUCGGUCCGUCUGUCCAGACAGCUGCGGCGCAUCCUGUUGCCGCUCUACGAGGUGGACGACCUGCGCGACGCCUUCCGCGUGCUGGGGCUUUGAACGCCGCCCCCAGGAGCCGCAUGCGCAGCGCCUCAUCCCUGCGGAAGAGAACGAAUGGAAGAGCGGAGCUUCACGUCUGCGCUUCCUUCUGCAGUUCUCACUUUCUUAGCGUGCCGCGAGAGAAAUAUUUGUACAUGACUGUUUGAAAAUACAUCUUGCAAAUAGAGCAGGAGCGCUGGCGUAGCUGGAGGACGCGGCCAUCGGCGCAGGCUCGGGCGCAGCGUCGUCCUCUGCCUGGCUGUAUCGGAACUUAGGGCCCGCGAAGAGCAUCUUGAAUGCCUUUCUGACCUGCAGGAGGCCAGCGUUGCAAAGCGCGCUGAGAGUUGUCCUGUCAGGAUCUCUGUUACCUCAGCUAUCUGAGCUGUCCUAGCCUCUUCUGAUGAGCCCCAUUCUCCGGUGGGCUCCUAAUGACAAAAUCUGGGUGAUCUCUGACCCCCCCACCCCCAAGCAUUAAUGCGCAAGUGUAUAUUUUUGUGUAUAUUUUAUAAGGACUGGGACUUGGGAGGUGGGACGGAAACUAGAUGUGGGUCACCUUUGGGUGACUUUAGUAAGGGAUCACAAUUAAAAUAGACGUGAGGAGGCCGGCGCGGUGGUGCAGGACUGUGAUCCUAACAUACCGGUGUCCUAGGCAGGAAGGUCCCCACGAGUUUGAGGCCAGUCUGGGCUACUUAGUGAGACCUUGUGUCAGAAACAAACAAAAAACAGACGUGAGGCCUGUGAAGAAGGCGCCUUGUAAUGACCUGAUGUCUCAGUGAUACUGUCCUCUGGAGACACAGAUGCUGAAAGUUGCCCACAAACACCCAUGAACCUAGUGGCCAGUUACAAGUGGGGACUUGGAGCGGUGCAGCUUGCAUGUCAAGAAGAGGAGAAUUUCUUCUCUCGAAUGAGUCUGUUGACUCCAGCCAGGCCCAGGUUUUGUACUUUGAUACGUGUGAUGCUCUUCCCAGAGUUACACUAACUGGAUAACAAGGUGCCAGGAGCAGCAUCCGAGAGGGAGGCUGGGCAAUCGGAGCGGAGCUGUGCUCCACCCCGCAGAGGCUGGCUGGGCUGUUGUGCCUGCUCCAUCGCCAACAUGUGAUUAAAUCCAAGGAGCAUGAGCCACAGUUGAAUGAGCAAGCCAGAAUUAAUCGAAAGAGCUGGGAGGUGGAAAGGCCCAAUGGGCUGUCAGUUGAAAAGUCGAUUUUAAAAAUCAUAGCCUUGUGUACCGUGGGAUUCUAUUCGACCAUAAAAUGGAAUAAAUGGGAGUGGUGAUGCUGGCCUGUAUCCUGCAGAGGCAGAGGGAUCAUGCGUUGGAGGCUGACUCGGAAUACGUAGAACUUAUUUUAAAAAAAGAUGAAGUAUACAUCGAUGGACUUACAACACUGUGCCCGUUUUCUCUUUUAUUUUAAGACAAUCUCCCUAAAUUACCCAGCCUGGUCUCCAAUUUGUGAUACUCUUGCCUCAGCCUUCUGAGAAGCUAGGAUUGCAGGCAAGCACCUCCGUGCCUGGCACACAAUUGUUAGUAUUUUAAUCUUACUGUAUGUACAUUUGUGAAUUAGUAAAGUAAUAAAAGAAUUACUUCAUCUUUUAUAUUGU